AAAGAGGUCGAGGUGCCAUUAAAUGAACGAUCAAUCGAGUGAAAGCCUUCCCUGAGUUUUGCCGGCUGCUAAAAGUGCCUCGAAAACCGAACGAAGGAACUUCUCGCGGUUACUCGGUUAUUAAUAAUUAGAGCACCCGCGACUAACGCGCACUCGGCUCCGCCACCAAUCAACGCAAUUCAGAGCAGACCGACAGAUAACGGAAUCUCGUGGAUUUGUCAGUGUACUCGUGAUUAACAUAUAUACCCACUGAAAUUAGACCUGCAUAAUCGUCGCCGAGCUCACCUCAAGAACUCUGCUUUUCGUUUUGCCAUUGACUGCCCUGCUCUUGAAACAAGAUGUACCGUAGAGUACUUGCUUUCGCCUUCGUCGCUGGUGUAUGCCAUUCUUGCAUCCCACGAGAUUUUGGAAGCGGUAGUGUCGUUUGCGUGUGCAACUCGACGCACUGCGAUUUCACCCCGAAAUUAAAUACGCCGAACGAGGGUACUUUCUUGCAUUACGUUUCGAGCAAGGCAGGCCAACGGCUGAGUCCAAGCGAUGGAACGUUUAGUAACGAAACGAUCGAGGGAGCUUCUCUGAUCGUUAAUAAAAAUAAAAAGUAUCAAACCAUGCACGGUUUCGGGGGUGCCUUCACCGACUCAGCCGGCAUCAACAUUAAAGGUCUCAGACCCGCGGCUCAAGAAUUCUUGUUACAGUCGUACUUCGGGAAGAAUGGCAGUGAGUACAAUUUAGGACGCACACCGAUCGGUGGCACCGACUUUUCCCUCAGACCGUACGAACUGGACGACCACGAGAAUGAUUACGAGUUAAAGUAUUUCUCGUUAACGCAAGAGGAUUAUAUUUACAAAAUUCCACUUAUGCAGCGAGCCCUGGAAAUUAAUCCAGAAUUAAAGUUUCUCGCUGCGGCAUGGUCUGCGCCGCCAUGGAUGAAGGUCGACAAUCGAUACGUAGGAUAUGGGCAUCUCCAGCAGAAGUAUUAUCAAACAUAUGCGAAUUAUUUGAUAAAAUUCCUGGAUGCUUACAAGUCACAUGGAUUGAAAAUGUGGACCAUUUCAACUGGAAACGAACCGAAUGACGCGAUCUUAGAAAUAAAAUCCUUCAACAGUAUGGGAUGGACAUUUGAAGAAUUGUCCCAGUGGGUAGCCAAUAAUCUGGGACCAACCUUAAAAGCCUCGCAACACAAUGAAACCAUCAUAAUCGGUCUGGAUGACCAAAGGUGUUUUGUGCCUUGGUACAUCAGCAAAAUCUUCGAAAACGAGAAAGUCAGGAGUUACGUCUCCGGCAUUGGUCUACAUUGGUACACCGAUGAAUACUUUCCUCCCAUUUUACUCGACUGGACCCACGAUCAAUUUCCAGACAAAUUUUUAAUUACGACAGAAUCAUGCGUCGUUCCGUUUUUGGACUACAACAAAGUGGUCCUGGGAUCGUGGGAACGAGCGGAAUACUACAUUUUAUACAUGAUUCAAAAUAUUAACCACUGGGUGUCUGGUUGGGUGGAUUGGAAUCUCGCCCUGAAUAUGGAAGGUGGUCCCAAUUGGGCCAAAAACGCUGCGGACGCUGCUAUCAUCGUUAACGCCGAGAAGGACGAGUUUUACAAGCAGCCUAUUUUCUACGCGAUCGCGCAUUUUAGCAAAUUCAUCCCACGAGGAUCAACUCGGGUGGAUAUCACAAAUCAUAAUGAUAUUAAAGCCAUGGCUUUCACCACGCCCGAAAAUGAAACCGUGACUAUCGUCUAUAAUACGUACGUUAACGAUAAUUAUGUACUGAUUGAAGAUGACAUAUAUUAUGAAAAUUUAAUGAAGAGAAAUGGAUUUCUGUUGCAGUCUGAGUACGCCACAGAACGUGAGCAUCAAUGACUCCGAAAGGGGCAAUAUCAACCUAAUGUUACCACCAUACUCCAUCCAUACAGUAGUAUACAAAUGAAUGCAUACCU